AUGGGGAUCUCCACAGUCAUCUUCGAAUAUGUCUUUUAUGGGGUCAAGUUGUUUCUACAGGAGUCCCCAGGCUCAGGAGAUGCUUAUGGGCAGUGGAAAGAGGCCUCACCCCUGCUAAGGACACAGGCUGUAUGCUACGAAACGGACACCGACGCUCCUGUAUUGAUGCUGCGCAUGCCUUCCCAUUUGUAUGUCUGGCUCUGUGACCGGUAUUUGCUGAGCAAAUCUGGAGCAACUUCUCCAACCAAUAAUCCCAGAACUGGUUGGUGGUACCCUGGAGGGACAGAAAAUGGUUUGCCUCUGAGGCUGCUGAACGGCGGUGACCGGUGUCAGGGCCGCGUGGAGGUCCUGUACCAAGGCUACUGGGGCACAGUGUGUGACGACACCUGGGACACCCAGGACGCAGAUGUCGUCUGUCGACAGCUCGGCUGUGGCCGCUCUGUAUCAGCACCAGGAGGGGCCCACUUUGGUCAGGGCUCAGGGAACAUUCUCUUGGGAGCUGUGCACUGCUCAGGAUGGGAACCCUACCUGUCCAGCUGUCAGCACGAUGGGUGGUACAACCAUGACUGUGGCCACAGGGAAGACGCCGGAGUCGUGUGUUCAGAUGUCAUCUACCAAACUGAACAAACCUCAUGGGCUACAACAGAGUAUAGGGAGGUGUGCGAGUGUGAGCACUUAGAGAAGCUGGGCUGCGUCCUGCUGCAGAGGGCUUUCCUUGGAGCCGCUAAGGAGAAACUGCCAUGUCUUUCAGGAACAGAUGGUGGUUUGGCCCUGAGGCUGGUGAAUGGAGGAGACAGGUGUCAGGGUCGCGUGGAGAUUCUUUACCAUGGCUCCUGGGGCACCGUGUGUGAUGACAACUGGGACACCAACGAUGCCAAUGUGGUGUGCAGGCAGCUGGGCUGUGGCUGGGCUGUGUCCGCUCCUUUAAAUGCCCGGUUCGGACAGGGCUCAGGGCCCAUUGUCCUGGAUGACGUGGCCUGUACGGGACAUGAGUCCUAUCUGUGGAGCUGCUCCCACCGAGGCUGGCUCUCUCAUAACUGUGGACACCAGGAGGAUGCUGGAGUCAUCUGUUCAGAUUCUCAAGCAAGCAGCCCCACACCUGGUUGGUGGUACCCUGGAGGGACAGAAAAUGAUGUCAUCUACUCAACUGAACAAACCCCGUGGCCUACAACAGAAUGUAAGAUGUUUUAUGUGAUAUCUCUGUGGGGUUCGCAGUGGGACACUCUGAGACACAUCUACCUGUGGCUCUAUGUGGUCUUGUUUCAAGGAGUGUCUGCUGAUGAUUCUCAGUGUCCUGAAGAUGGUCCCCACUUCUCUCCCUGUAGCUUGGCCAGCCCAGGAAGCCAAGUCUCUGGAGCUGCUAAGGAGAAACUGCCAUGUCUUUCAGGAACAGAUGGUGGUUUGGCCCUGAGGCUGGUGAAUGGAGGAGACAGGUGUCAGGGUCGCGUGGAGAUUCUUUACCAUGGCUCCUGGGGCACCGUGUGUGAUGACAACUGGGACACCAACGAUGCCAAUGUGGUGUGCAGGCAGCUGGGCUGUGGCUGGGCUGUGUCCGCUCCUUUAAAUGCCCGGUUCGGACAGGGCUCAGGGCCCAUUGUCCUGGAUGACGUGGCCUGUACGGGACAUGAGUCCUAUCUGUGGAGCUGCUCACACCGAGGAUGGCUCUCUCAUAACUGUGGACACCAGGAGGAUGCUGGAGUCAUCUGUUCAGAUUCUCAAGCAAGCAGCCCCACACCUGAUGUCAUCUACUCAACUGAACAAACCCCUUCUGAGCAGUCAACAGUAGCUUCUGCAACUAAGGAGAAACUGCCAUUUCUUUCAGGUUUGGCCCUGAGGCUGGUGAACGGAGGAGACAGGUGUCAGGGUCGCGUGGAGAUCUUUUACCAUGGCUCCUGGGGCACCGUGUGUGAUGACAGCUGGGACACCAACGAUGCCAAUGUGGUGUGCAGGCAGCUGGGCUGUGGCUGGGCUGUGUCAGCCCCUUCAAGUGCCUGGUUCGGACAGGGCUCAGGGCCCAUUGUCCUGGAUAAUGUGGCCUGUACAGGACAUGAGUCCUAUCUGUGGAGCUGCUCCCACCAAGGCUGGCUCUCUCAUAACUGUGGACACCAUGAGGAUGCUGGAGUCAUCUGUUCAUAUGCUCAAAACCAGAGCACACCCAGGCCAGUGCCCGAGACAGUGUCUACCCCCAGUCCAGGUCAGGGUGCCCAAGAGGCAACAAUGGUGGAGCUUUCAUCCCAUGUUGCUUUAAACCUGAUGUAUGAGCUGCCCAUGUAUUGCACAAGAUACAGUCUCUACACAGGAGCAACUAAGGAGAAACUACCAUGUCUUUCAGGAACAGAUGGUGGUUUGGCCCUGAGGCUGGUGAACGGAGGAGACAGAUGUCAGGGUCGCGUGGAGAUCCUUUACAAGGGCUCCUGGGGCACCGUGUGUGAUGACAUCUGGGACACCAACAAUGCCAAUGUGGUGUGCAGGCAGCUGGGCUGUGGCUGGGCUGUUUCGGCCCCUAUAAAUGCCUGGUUCGGACAAGGCUCAGGACCCAUUCUCCUGGAUAACGUGGUCUGUACAGGACAUGAGUCCUAUCUGUGGAACUGCUCCCACCGAGGCUGGCUCUCUCAUAACUGUGGACACCAUGAGGAUGCUGGGGUCAUCUGUUCAUAUGCCCAAAACCAGAGCACACCCAGGCCAGGUCAGGGUGCCCAAGAGGCAACAAUGGUGGAGCUUUCAUCCCAUGUUGCUUUAAACCUGAUGUAUGAGCUGCCCAUGUAUUGCACAAGAUACAGUCUCUACACAGGAGCAACUAAGGAGAAACUACCAUGUCUUUCAGGAACAGAUGGUGGUUUGGCCCUGAGGCUGGUGAACGGAGGAGACAGAUGUCAGGGUCGCGUGGAGAUCCUUUACAAGGGCUCCUGGGGCACCGUGUGUGAUGACAUCUGGGACACCAACAAUGCCAAUGUGGUGUGCAGGCAGCUGGGCUGUGGCUGGGCUGUUUCGGCCCCUAUAAAUGCCUGGUUCGGACAAGGCUCAGGACCCAUUCUCCUGGAUAACGUGGUCUGUACAGGUCAUGAGUCCUAUCUGUGGAACUGCUCCCACCGAGGCUGGCUCUCUCAUAACUGUGGACACCAUGAGGAUGCUGGGGUCAUCUGUUCAUAUGCCCAAAACCAGAGCACACCCAGGCCAGCAUUUUCAGACACAUGGCCUACUACUCAUCCAGGUUACACCUGCGGAGGUUACCUGACCCAACCCUCUGGGUACUUCUACAGUCCUUACUACCCAGGAAACUAUUCAAACAAUGCCAGAUGUGUGUGGAACAUUGAGGUCUCAAACAAAAGCCAUGUGACUGUGGUCUUCACAGAUGUGCAGCUUGAAGGAGGCUGCAGCUUUGACUAUAUCCUGGUAUAUGAUGGCCCUGAAUACAACUCUCCUCUCAUUGCUCGGGUUUGUGAUGGGUUCAAUGGAUCUUUCACCUCCUCCCGGAACUUCAUGUCUGUGGUUUUCAUCACCGAUGGCAGUGUCACGAGGAGAGGGUUCCAGGCUAACUACUACUCUACACCUGUGAUUAACAGCACCAGUAAGUGCCCUUGUGUGCAUGUGUGUACAUUUGGGACUGAGGAUGUCACUAGGAGCCUUCUUAUCCUUUAUGUCCAGGGUGCACAUAGUUUCACCGCAAGUGCAAGGGAUUGGUCCCCACCAUAUCUGUCAGCUGGGGAGUCAAAGAGACUGGAGAGAGGCUUUUCAGUAUGGGAUCAGGGGGCACCUGACUGCAGUUUUGAUGGAACUUCCCUCAGUGACUGUCACUUUAUCCUAGGAAAUGACUCUUCAUUGGCAUUGAGGCUGGUCAAUGGGUCAAACCGGUGUGAGGGCCGAGUGGAGAUCUGGUACAGAGGCUCAUGGGGCACCGUGUGUGAUGACAGCUGGAACAUCAAUGAUGCCACAGUGGUGUGCAGACAGCUGGGCUGUGGCCAUGCUCUGUCUGCCCAAGGAGAGGCUUGGUUUGGUCAGGGCCCAGGGCCCAUACUCCUGGAUGAUGUGACCUGCUCGGGGCAGGAGUCUCACCUGUGGCAGUGUCAUCACCGUGGCUGGCUUGUCCAUAACUGUGGUCAUCAUGAAGACGCGGGAGUCAUCUGCUCAUUGUCUCAGACAACAUCCACUCCCAGUCCAGGUUGGUGGAGCACGUCAUCUCCUUCCUAUGUGGGUUACAACUGUGGAGGUUUCCUGACUGGACCCUCUGGACACUUUUCCAGCCCAUCUUACCCUGGGAACUAUCCUAACAAUGCCAGAUGUUUGUGGAACAUUGAGGUCCCAAACAACUACCGUGUGACCGUGUUCUUCACAGAUGUGCAGCUGGAAGGCGGCUGCAGCUAUGAUUACAUUGAGAUUUUCGAUGGCCCCCAACACGGUUCUCCUCUCAUUGCUCGGGUUUGUGAUGGGGCCUUGGGCUCGUUCACGUCAACAUCCAACUUCAUGUCGAUUCGCUUCAUCACUGAUCACAGUGUUACUCAAAGAGGGUUCCUGGCCCAGUACUACUCAGAGCAUAACAACAAUGUCACCACUCUUCAGUGUCUGUCACAUCACAUGCAAGCCAGUGUGAGCAGGAACUACCUUCAGUCCAUGGGCUAUUCUGCCAGGGAUCUUGCCAUUCAUGGUUUUAAUACAAGUUACCAGUGUCAGUCCCAGAUAACACAGAGCCGGGUCAUAUUCACAAUUCCCUACACAGGCUGUGGCACUACCAAACAGGUUGACAACGAGACCAUCAACUACUUCAACUUCCUCCAAGCGGCUGUUUCAAGUGGUACCAUCAAAAGGAGAAAGGACCUCUACAUCCAUGUCAGCUGCAAGAUGCUCCAGAACACCUGGGUCAACACCAUGUACAUCACCAACGACACCGUUGAGAUUCAGGAAGUCCAGUAUGCCAAUUUCAAUGUGAACAUUUCCUUUUAUACCUCCUCCUCCUUCUUGUACCCAGUGACCAGCAGGCCAUACUACGUGGACCUGGACCAGAAUUUGUACCUCCAGGCUGAAAUCCUCCAUUCUGAUGCCUCCUUGGCUUUGUUUGUGGACACCUGCGUGGCUUCACCACACCCCAACGAAUUCUCGUCUUUGACAUAUGAUCUCAUCCGGAGUGGAUGCAUUAGAGAUGAGACCUACCGACUCUACUCCUCACCCUCGCCACGCGUCUCCCGCUUUAAGUUCAAUUCCUUCCACUUCCUGAAGCGCUUCCCCUCAGUGUACCUGCAGUGUAAACUGGUCGUGUGCAGAGCGUACGACGCCUCCUCCCGGUGCUCCAGAGGCUGCGUGGUGAGGUCCAAGAGGGAUGCAGGCUCCUACCAAGAAAAGGUGGAUGUUGUCCUGGGACCCAUCCAGUUGCAAUCUCCCAGCAAAGACAAGAGGAGUCUGGACUUGGCGGUGAAGAAUGCAGAGACGCCAGCCAGCUCCCAGGCAGUCUCUCCCACCGCUGCCAUCUUUGGCGGAAUCUUCCUGGCCAUCGUCCUAGCUGUAGCAGUCUUCGUAAUAAGAAGGAGGACGCGCAGUGCCCAUGGCCAACCUCUAAGCACUAAGAUGUGAAGGGAAAACCACCCAGACAUCAGCUUCACAUGCAGAGAUUGCCAGAAAAGAUGGAAGACAUGAGUGUGUAAUGCUUGGCAUCCAGA